AUGGCUCCCGCAGUAAUUGAGAUACAUAUCCCCCUGGAUCGCAUAAGGAAUGAAGAAUAUGCAACAGAUGAUUUGCUUCUCAACUGCUUAAGUAAAAUAGGCGACACGCCAGAGGAGGAUGGGCUUCCGCUUCGCACGUGGAUCCUCCGAGAGGCCCAUCAAGCGCUAAUUAAGAGCCCAAAGUUACGCACUGUUUUGGUUAAACCGCAAACAGUAAAAGACAAGCCUACACAUUUCCAGAUCUGUUUUGAUGAGUAA